AUGUUGGAACAUAGCUUCAAGCAAAAUUAUUGUUUUUUUGAAAACUAUUACUUUCCUUACGAAUAGUAGUCAUAUCAACAAGAAGAGUAGAUAUCUACAUAUAAUUUUCACUACUAAAACCAAUAUUAAGAUAUUGAACAAUAAUAAUAAUAAAAUGAAAUCUUCUCUAUUUUUGAGCAUUAAGACUUUAACUUUAACAGCUUUGUCGAUAAUAACUGA